AUGAAUAUACGUCCAGCUACUCAUGCUGGUUCGUGGUACAGCAAUGAUCCAAAAUUACUCAAGAAUCAAAUUCAAAACUAUGUUACACCAAAACCAAUUAAGGGGGCAAGAGUUUUAAUAGGACCUCAUGCUGGAUACACUUAUUCAGGUGAAAGAUUAGCUGAAACUUUCGGAGUUUGGGAUUCUACAAAAGCUAAAAGAAUAUUUUUAUUAGGACCUUCACAUCAUGUUUAUUUUAAAAAUAAUGUUUUACUUUCACCUUUUGAUGCUUAUGAAACACCAUUUGGAAAUUUACCAGUUGACACCGCCACAAUUAAAGAAUUAUUAAAAAAUAAAUUGUUCAAAAAGAUGUCUGAAGAAGUAGAUGAAGAUGAACAUUCAUUUGAAAUGCAUGCUCCUUUUAUAUAUCAUUAUGCUGAAAAAUCAAAAGAUUUACCAAAAAUAAUACCAAUAUUAAUUAGUGGAUUAGACCUGAAUUCACAAAAACAUUUAGUAGAUGCAUUAUCUCCUUAUAUAGGGAAUGAAGAAAAUCAUUUUGUUAUAAGUUCUGAUUUUUGUCAUUGGGGUUCAAGAUUUGGUUAUACAAAAGUUUUAUCAAAUAAAAAUGCUACAUUUGAUACAUUGGAACAAAAUUUAGUUUCCAUAAAUCAAAAACCAAAAGAGUUUGAAAUUUAUAAAUCAAUUGAAUUAUUAGAUAAAAUUGCACUUAAAAUAGCUACUAAAGGAUCUUCUAAAAAAUGGAUAGAAUAUAUUAAUACAACUGGUAAUACAAUUUGCGGGCAAAAACCAGUUUCAAUUAUAUUACAACUUUUAGAAAAAUAUGGUUCAAAAGAAGGGUUUAACUGGAUUGGAUAUUCACAAAGUAAUCAUGCAACAAGUUCAAGAGAUAGUAGUGUUUCAUAUGCCUCAGGAUAUGUUAAAUUAUGA